CGAAAAUACGUCAGUCAGUCAGUCACCAAAAUGGCGUCGUUGACGAGCUUAUUGCCAGCUCCGACACAGCAAGUGUGGGAUCGAGAUGAUGAAUUGAAGGCAAAACGAGUCGGCAGCGCGUUGGUUGUGUCCCAAACAAGUGUGCCACCUUAUGGACAGAGGAAAGGAUGGGUGCCGCGGGCAGAGGAGGACUUUGGAGAUGGAGGUGCGUUCCCCGAGAUCCAUGUGGCCCAGUAUCCCUUGGGCAUGGGUGCACGAGGGAAGGAGAGCACGUCAAACGCUCUGGCCGUUCAGCUGGAUGAGACGGGCCGUGUCAAGUACUCGGCUAUUGCUAGGCAGGGGCAUAGCGCUGAUAAGAUAAUCUACUCCAAACUUACUGACCUGCUGCCGUCCGAGGUACUGGCUGAAGAUGAUCCCACGCUCCAGAAACCGACCGAUGAAGACAUACAAGAUAUCACGGAGAAGACCAAGCUUGCCCUGGAGAAGUUGACCAACGCCAAGAUAUCUGCUGCUAUGCCCGUGAAAGCUGCCCCUAAAGCUGCACCGGCGCAAUACAUCCGAUACACGCCCGCGCAGCAAGGCGGCGCUUUCAACUCCGGAGCUAAGCAGCGGGUCAUUAGGAUGGUAGAAGCCCAAUCGGACCCGAUGGAGCCGCCGCGCUUCCAAAUCAACAAGAAGAUCCCGCGCGCGGCGCCGUCGCCGCCCGCGCCCGUGCUGCACUCGCCGCCGCGCCGCGUGUCCGUCAAGCAGCAGCGCGACUGGAAGGUGCCGCCGUGUGUCAGCCACUGGAAGAACGCCAAGGGUUACACAAUCCCGCUUGACAAGCGGCUCGCAGCGGACGGCCGAGGAUUACAGCAAGUUCGCAUCAACGAGAACUUCUCCAAGCUAGCCGACGCGUUAUACAUCGCUGACAGAAAGGCCAGGGAAGCUGUGGAGGCCAGAGCACAGCUGGAAAGGAGAUUAGCGCAAAGAGAAAAGGAGAAAAAAGAAGAACAUUUGAGGGUUCUCGCGCAAAGGGCCAGGGAUCACAGAGCUGGUAUCCGAGCGCCGGAGGACGAGGAAGCACCACCAGAAGUCGACGAGUCCGGCCUCACGGUGGCAGAGAGAGACAAACUGCGCGCUGAGCGGCAUAAAGAGAGACAGCGAGAGCGGAACUUGGCUAGAGCUGCCCCAGACAAGAGAAACAAAAUGGCCAAGGAUCGCGAACGUGACAUCUCCGAGCAGAUUGCUCUAGGGCUCCCGGCCAAGAACACACAAGGUGGCGAGGGCAUGUUCGACCAGCGCUUAUUCAAUAACAGCAANAAUUAAUUUUCAGGUUACGGCGACGACGAAGCGUACAACGUGUACGACAAGCCUUGGCGCAACCAGGACAACGUGGGCUCGCACAUCUACCGGCCGUCGCGGAAUGCUGACAAGGACAACUAUGGAGAUAUCGACUCUAUUGUUAACACCAGAAGGUUCGUGGCAGACAAAGAGUUUGCGGGCACCAGCAGUGGAAACGCUCGCGCCGGGCCCGUGCAGUUUGAGAAAGACGCGCCCGCGCCGAGGGAAGAACCGUCCCGCACCCAACCCGACGCAGACUUCGACCCGUUCGGCCUGGACCGGUUCCUGAGCGAGGCCAAGCGCGCCGACAAGUCGGGCCGCAAGCGCGACCACCACGACCGCCACGACCACCACAACAAGAAGCGACGCGACUAGCGGAGGAUAAUUACUGGAUGGUGUACAUUGUUUGCCUUAUCGUCUCGCACAACGUAUGUUACUUUAUUCAUAAGUGUUUCUUUAUUAACUGCCAAUUUGAAAGCUUGUUAGCACAAAUUCUAAGAAUUGAAAGACAGUUUAAGAUACGUUAAAGAAUUAUCCACUCAUUCGUAAAAAGGUCAAUGAGUAAAGAUAAAGAAAUGUCCUAACGAGUUGCAGUGUGACUUGAUGGUAAUUCUUUCCCAACGGGUAACAGUGUUAAUUCGUUUGGGUGUGACUUAUUGGGAACAAGAAAAAGUUAAAACAAUGACAGCAUAUUUUAGUACACUUAGAUUAUUCUUAUUGGAAUUAACAAAAUUACAAAAUGUUAUGAAACUUUGUGAUAAGGAGAAACUUAAUUUAAUUGAAGGUAUUCAUAUAACUAAUAUUGUAUUCAAUAAUUCAUUAAGAAUACGCUUAUGAAUAAAAAGGACAUAAAAUGCAUGAGGCGAAGGUUUAAUGUUAUGAUAAAAUAAGAAUGAC